ACCAUUUGUUUCAUCAUACGAUGGAGCUUAAUCAAUUUUGUGAUCGAGAUGGCUCCAUCUCAAGAAGAUCGACAUGGCCCAGCAAAUCCAUCGCAACAUAAUCUUCAGAUCUCAUUUUUGCCUCAAUUUCUUCUCGCUCGCACGCCAAUUCCUUCAUGGAGCUCCAUGGAGUCACUUCCUUCUCAUGGUCCCGCGCUGUAUCCCACGCUCUUCCCACCCACCACCACCUCGCCAUUUGUGGCAAGAGGUUCAGGGUUUUCUGCGCCAUUGAUGCAAACGAAAUGAAAAAUCAGCUCACUGUAUCAAUAACUGGAGCUACAGGAUUUAUUGGUCGAAGACUUGUGCAAAGGCUACAUGCAGAUAACCAUAAUAUUCGAGUUUUGACACGUUCUAAAUCUAAGGCCGAGUUGAUUUUUCCGGCUAGGGAGUUUCCACGGAUCGUGAUCGCAGAGGAACCCGGGUGGAAAGACUGUAUCCAAGGUUCAGAUGGCGUUGUUAACUUGGCUGGGAUGCCCAUAAGUACCAGGUGGUCUUCAGAGAUCAAGAAGGAGAUCAAGCAAAGCAGGAUCAGAGUCACCUCAAAGGUCGUAAGCUUAAUAAAUGACACACCCGAUGCAGCUCGCCCUACAGUUCUGGUUAGCGCAACAGCUGUUGGUUACUAUGGCACUAGUGAAACAGCAGUUUUUGAUGAACGAAGUCCGUCUGGAAAUGACUACUUGGCCGAGGUUUGUAGGGAAUGGGAAGCAACAGCCCUAGGAGUAAACAAGGAUGUGAGAGUGGCCCUUAUUCGUAUAGGUGUUGUUCUUGGUAAAGAAGGGGGUGCUUUAGCCAAAAUGAUCCCCCUCUUCAUGAUGUUUGCUGGAGGCCCUUUGGGAUCGGGAAAACAAUGGUUUUCCUGGAUUCAUUUGGAUGACAUUGUGAACCUAAUAUAUGAAGCUCUCACCAAUCCGUCUUAUAAGGUAGGUGUUAUAAAUGGAACGGCACCAAACCCAGUUAAAUUGGCAGAAUUAUGUAAACGAUUGGGAGAUGCUAUGGGCAGGCCCUCGUGGCUUCCUGUACCCGAAUUUGCCCUCAAAGCAGUCCUUGGAGAAGGAGCUACUGUGGUUUUGGAAGGGCAACGGGUGAUACCUGCCAGAGCCAAGGAAUUGGGGUUCUCAUUCAAGUACCCUUCUGUCCAAGACGCACUCAACGCCAUUCUUUCCUAACUGCUAUUCUAUUCUUCUACUGUAAUGGAUCUCAAGAGUUCUAGCUAGUAACUAGUGCUUUCCAUUGUCAAAUCUCUACGCAUUGGUCAAAUUCUUUCUGUUAUAUGAGAUUUGCUUUCCUACUCGAAAUGGCUCGAAAUACUAGAGGAUAUAUGGAUCAUAACAUUCAAGUGUACUGGAGAAGGAGAACGAAUGUUUGGUUUUGGUCCUAAA